UCUAUGCAUAAAAGGUUCAGAUUGUAUAUAAAUGCAUAACAUAAAGAAAACAGUUGCCACAGUUAGAAUAUAAUAUGAAUUAUAAAAUGUAUUGUUAAAUUGUGGACUAGGGAUUUUUACAUAGUUGCAUACUCUAAAAUAUAGUUAUGGCUAAGUGGAAGUUGUGUCGUCAAAAAUUCGGAGACGAGGAAUUUGAAUUUACUGAAGGUGAUGAAAUUAGGAUUGGCAGAGGCUUGGAUAACACUAUUACACUUUCAAGUAUAGUAAUAUCAAGAAAUCACUGCUUAAUUAAUGUCAAAAGAGAUGAAGUUACUAUUACUGAUCUUAAGAGUUCUAAUGGCAUAUAUGUUGGACUUAAAAAGAUACCUCCAAAUAUUCCAUAUACAUUAAUUGAAGAUGAUUUAAUAGGGUUUGGAUGGACAAUUGGGGCUCCAUUGGUAAAAAUCAUGGAUUCAGAAAAAUUUGUUUUCAAGUUGAUUAAGACUGUAGCUUCUAUUAUUAGUCGUAUUCAUUUUCAAAGUAACAGCGAAGAAGACAUAGAGUUUGAUAGAGUCUCUGAUACAAAAGAACAUAAGCCUGUCGUAAAAAAUGAGUAUUCACCAAAUAGCAAACCCAUUUUACAGUUAAAACGCAAAUUAAAUGAUGAUGGUAAAUGUCGUAAGAAAGAACCAGAUGAUAAAAAUGAAGACAAUGUAAUUAACAUUAUAUCUGACAGUGAGAAUGAACCAAAAGGACAAGAUUGUUUUAGUAAAAAAAUUAAACUUGAUCCUAUAAUAGAGGACUUAACUAAAGAUGAUAUAAAAAAUGAAAAUGAAGACUUGCAGUAUGAAGCAUUUAAUGUUAAACAAGAAUACUUGGGGUAUGACGAUGAACCAAUACAAAUUGAUAGUGAUAGUGACAGUGAAUCUGAACAGUGGUAUUUGAGAUUAUCACAGAGUUCACCUGGAAAAGCAUUUUCAAAAAUUGAGCUAAAUAGAACAGAUAAAUUAGAUACAAGCAUUGAAGAUAGUUCUUAUAGUCAAUUAGAUGAUAUUAUAUUCAAUAACAUUGAAAAAGAAAAUGAAGAAGAAGACUUUAUUGAUGAUAUAAUUACAAUCCCACCUCAACCUCCUGAAAUACAACCUAUAACUGAAAUAAAAGAAGUAGAAAAAGAGUUACCUUCACCAAUUCCUUUAGAAGCAGAAGAAAUCCCUGAAAUAGAUCUAAUCGAUGGAGUAGCCAUUGAAGAUCAUACUGACCUAGAAGAUGCUGUUGUUCCCAUUGCUUCUAUGCAACAAGGUCCUCAUACCACAAUAAAAAAGGCUCAAAUGAUAGAACCUCUGGUUAAACCAAGCAGAAGAAAAUCUCAUUAUCGUUCUACGGAAAGUAAAGCAAAGAGCAGAUCAAAUGAUAAGAAACAAACAAAAAAACAUUCAUCAUCUUCAUCAUCAUCUUCGAAAAAAGUCAUAUCUAACUCGCAAAAAGAAGAACGAAAAAGGAAACUUAAAGAAAUUGCUGACAAAGAUAAAGAGAGUGAAGAUAAUAACAAAAAAAUAACAAAUAAUACAAAUAAGACAGUGAGUAAUGUUAAAGUUACUACUUCUAACCGGGGCGCGUUUUUAACUGAUGUUAUUAAAGCCACAGUAAAACCCAUGAAAAGAAGAAAUAGCCAAGAAAAAGAGAAGAUUAAGUCACCAGCACAUGAAUCAGCAAUAAAUGAACCUUUGAAUUCUCAAAAAUCUGUAGAAAAACACAAAGGGGAUGAAAAAUCGAUAUCAGAUCCAAAUUUAUCAACAUCAUCCACUAAAAAAACCACAACUAAGAAAAUUCAACCUAAAGAAAGUAGGAAGAGUAAAUCACAGUCUAGCACUAAAACUUCUCCAAAAAGAAGUGAAUCAGAGUACAGGAUUCCCAUUAGAAGCUUAAAACCUUUAAAUGAUAGUAAAGAACUGCAAUCUGGAAAGCCAGUAUCUAAAGUAGAACCUCUUCCUCCAAAGAAGCCAGCAAAACGUGUUCGUUUUUCGGAUGCUGAACCUGUGGUACACCUCUUUCAAAUUGAACCUGGAAAUAAAAUGAAUAAAACAAAUUUGGUAAAAACGAGAUUAUUAGAUAUUAGGCAGAAGCCUAUAUUCUCUUUAGAAAAAAUAACUCUAAUGAAAAUCCUUCGAUGGAAUCCUCAGUGGUUGAAUGAACAAAUAAACACUCCAGACCCACCACCGAUUUUGGGUCAUAAUAAUCCUCCUAUGGCCAUAUUUCACUCUUUUAACAGCCACAGACAAUACAUUGGACUUGUCGGAGAUUUACUUCUGAUGGAAAUUUGGGAAUGCAUAACACAAGCAUAUAUGAGAAUACUAAAUCAAAACAAUGGACUAACUUUAAGAAUUGAGUCAUUGCCACCCGUACCUCCCCAAGAAAGAUACUUUGAUUUAUUUAAUUUAAGCGUAAACAUUACGUUGCCGAAUUCAGAAAUGAAACAUUUACCUAGAGUAGGUGAAAUCAUGAUGGUCGAAUUUGGACCAGAAAAUGCAAAAAUUUGCAGAUUUUUCUUCGUUCAUAAUGUUCGAUGCCUCCCGUCUCCGAAAAAUAACAAAACUUUCAGCUUAUCUCUUUAUGCAACAUUUACUGAUAAAAUGAUGUACUUGAAACCCGGUGAACUUGUGAUAGGGCGAAGUCUAGCGUAUAUUAAUAAUGAAUUAACGCUAUUUGAAGCUAUGGAAUAUUUGGCUGGCUCACCCCUUAGCCAAGCAAUUCUAAGACCCCAGACCUGUCAUUACCCAACAAAUGACAUUGCAAUGAAUAUGAACACACAGUGGACAAUGACUUUAAACCCAAGUCAAAAAUUAGCAGUUAGUCGUUCUGUAUCUGCAGCACUCGGUGAUGAACCCAGCAUACAAAUGGUACAAGGACCACCAGGAACAGGGAAAUCAAGUGUUAUAUGUGCCAUUGUUAUGACUUACUUCUACAACGCCAUGAGCAAAAGACAUCAGGACCGCGGCAAAAUAUUAAUCUGUGCAACGAGUAACGCCGCAGUAGACGAACUAGUAAUCAGGUUGCUCAACAUCAGGCAAAGUUUACCUAAAGAGGAGCGGUUCCGCAUGGUGCGCGUGGGGCGGCUGGAGUCCAUGCACGCGCGCGCGCGGGAGGUCAGCUCGCAGCAGCUCGCGGCGCGGGACGCCUCGCGCGCGCGCGACGCCGCCGCGCCGCCCGGCCGCGACGAGGAGAUUUCACACCUAGAAGCCAAGAUAAAUAUGUGGAAAACGCAAGCCCGCGACGCAAAGGACCCCGUGCGAGUAGCCUACUGCGAGGGAAAAGUGGCAAAUCUCGUCGAUAGGAUAAAAUUGCUGCGCGGGGGCGGCGGCGGUGGCGGGAGCGGGAGCGGGGAGGAGCUGCGGCCGGAGCGUCUGCUGCACGCCGAGCGACGCAUCAUAGACUGCGCUCACAUCAUCGUCACCACGCUCGCCAGCACGCACAACUACAAGAUGAAAGGUUUAAAAGGUCGCAUAGCCCUGUGCAUAGUGGAUGAAGCGGGACAAGCGAUCGAACCGGAAACGCUCAUCCCGCUAACGCUGGACGUAACGCGACUCACUCUUAUCGGAGACCCGCAGCAGUUGCCCGGUUUCAUCUGCUCACAGCGAGCCAAGCAGCACGGGCUGGGCGAGAGCCUGUUCUCGCGCCUGACGGCGGGCGGGCCGGCGGCGCCCGUGGUGCUGCUGGACCAGCAGUACCGCAUGCACCCCGCCAUCGCCGACUACCCCAACCGCGCCUUCUACGGCGGCCGCGUGCGCAGCGUGGCGCCGCCCGCCGCGCGCCUGUCGCUGGCGCCCUACGCCAUCCUCGCCAUCGCCAGCGGGGACAAGGGCCAGGUUCAGUCGGGCGCGAAUGAGAUGGAGGCGUGGGGCGUGGCGCGAGUGGCGGCGGCGCUGGCGGGCGUCGUGCGCGCGCUCAAGCUGUCGCUCGCAGUCAUCACCCCCUACAGCGCGCAUCGCGACCUGCUGCGCUCUUGCCUGCGCGCGCUGCAGGACCCGUCGGAGAGCCCUGUGGAGGUGAACACGGUGGACAGCUUCCAGGGCCAGGAGCGCGACGUGGUGGUGGUGUCGCUGGCGCGCAGCCACGGCGUGGGGUUCCUCACCGACACGGGCCGCAUGAACGUGAUGCUGACGCGCGCGAGACACGCGCUCCUCGUGUGCCUCAACCCACUCGCCAUCGUGAAAAAUAAUCAAUGGCAGACGUUAGUUGACGACGCGCGAAACAGAAGAGUUUACAGAACACUUCCAAACAAAUUAUGCCUGCACGCGUCGGUGCGGUCCAUUUCUAGUGCAGAAGUUCUGAGUUAUGUUACAAACUCAUGAAUGAGUGAUGUAUCUCUGCCAAAAAAUGUGAUUUCUAAUCAAUUAAAAGUAGUUUUAUGGCAUUAUCUUUUACAUCAUGCCAUCUUAGCUUUACAUUUAUUUUUUCUACUUGUCAGUAAUUGUAACAUAAUAAUUAAUAAUUAUUUUUCAAUAAUUCAUUUUAUGUAAGUUACAAUGUAAUAUUUGAUCGCCUCUUCAUACUACAUUUGUUACAAAAAAAUCCAUAGGAAGAAUUGAUAUUAUAAAUUAAAUUUGUUAAUUUAAUUCUAUUUGUAAUAUUUCUAUAAAAAAAAAACGAAUCAGUCCUGCCUCAGGCACGUGUGUAAAGUUAAUCAUCUCAAACACAUCAGUAAUAUAAAUGAGUACAAACUAAUUUUAAUAAUAUUGGCUUAUCUUAAAAAGAGUAAAGGUGUCAUUCUCUAUUCAUGUAGCCCAUUCCAAUCCAAGAAGUAAGGAUGAACACACCUUCAAUUUACAUAUUCAUUAAUAGCUGUUCUUAAUUAUGUACUACAGUAAGUUCUUGAUUAAUAUUUAUAAUACAAGACUUCCACUUAACUAUUUAUGAAAGGGUCUUGGUGGACGUUAAAUGAAAACUGAAUUGGACUGUAUUUUCAAGGCUGGUUUGGUCCCAUCAGAGAGAGAGCUGGCCGUUCGCGGUGCCGGCCAGCGAUGGGUUAUCAGGCGUCGCAACAACUUAUAUCUACUUCAAUUUUACUUCCAAAGUUCCGAUAACAAUUUCGCCAACAUUCAAAACUCAAUUUUUUAAAUGUCGUAUGAUGAUUCCAUAUUUAAUACAUAGAUUAUUAAUUAAUUAUUUAACGACCAAUGAUAUCACGUCAAUUUAUUGUGUAACAUACAUUUGUCUUUACUCCCCUGGUUGGAAUAAACUGUAUAUAUUGUUUUGAAAGUGCACGUGAGUACAAGCUGGUCAAUGAUACACACAUAGCUUUUAACGAUUGCAUUAUUUUUAAUUGUUAAACAUAUAUAUAGUAUGGUUUAAGGAUUAACUAGUAACCAUUGAUUGGUGUAGAAACUACAAUUUUAGUGUAACGAGACAAAAAGUACAUUUACAUAUAGUAAUGUUACACGGAUUCCCAAAAAGUUUCUAUUACGAAUAAGAGUUCAUUUUAUAUUUUUAUACUAAU